AAUGGGGAUUACCGAAUUUGAUUUGCAACCCCUUAACAAAAUCAAAGUGCCUGCUGAAUAUGAAAAUGAUGUACAAUUUUACACAGAAGCAAUAAUGAAACAGCAUGAAAAAAAGAGAUAAAGAUUAUUAAUUGAAUACAAUGAAUUGUUAAAUCUAAAAUAAGUUGAAAGCCUUCAAGACAAAAAAAUUACAGCCUAAUUUGAGAAAUCAUAAGAUGCUGAAAGUUCUAAAAUAAAUGAAAAGUUAAUUAAAGUGAAAAAGNAGUAAUUGAAAUUAAUGAAUAUUUAUUGGGUAUUUUAGAAAUUUAAAUUCUUUAAAGGGACUAUGGCUGGAGGGGCAGCUGAUUGUCAAUAUUGGCUUGCUUAUUUAGCCAAUCAUUGCAGAACAUAUGAAUUGAAAAAUGGAAGUAAAUUAAGUGUUGCUGCAGCUUCUAAAUUCUUAUAAGGAAUUUUAAUAGGUUAUAGAAAUUCAGGUCUAUCUAUGGGAUGUAUGAUUGCAGGAACUGAUACAACUGGAUAACAUUUAUAUUAUAUUGAUAAUGAUGGAAUGAGAUUAAAAGGUGAUAUCUUUUCUGUGGGUAGUGGUAGUACAUAUGCUUAUGGUGUUUUGGAUAAUCAUUAUAAAUAUGAAAUGUCAUUGAAUGAAGCAGUAGAAUUAGGAAUUAGAGCAAUUUAUCAUGCCACACAUAGAGACACAGCAUCUGGAGGUGUAGUUAGAGGUAGUAAAUCUUCGUUUAUUUAGUUUAUCAUAUCCAUUAAAAUGGAUGGACUAAAGUUCAUGAUGGAAUUGAUGUUGUAGAUUUACAUUAUUAAUUUGCUCAAUAAAAAGGACUUGUAGGUGAUGGAGAUGAGGCUAAAUAAAGAUUGUUUUGA